AUGACUUCUACAGUUUUGACAGCAAGCCAGAUAGUGCUGGUCGGCUUCAUCGUUCGUGUGGUCUACUGCUGCUACUUUCAUCCUUUGGUGAAGUAUCCCGGGCCGUGGUUCUCCAGUUCCCUCUGGGGCCAACAUCAUCUGACGGAAGAGAGCCUGCACCAAAGAUAUGGGCCUAUCGUUCGUGUGGCACCGAUUUGGCUCUCGUCAGCCCGCCUCGAGGAUUUCGAGGCUAUAUACGGGUUCAAUAAAUCCAUCAAGAAGGAUGACUUUUACACCUUUGGAGAGAAGCGCUGCCAGAGCGACGUCAGUGUCUUCGCCACCAAGUCGAACGUCGCGCACCGGCGAAAGAGAAGGAAUAUGCUUGGACCGGCGUUGACGAGCUCAAAGGUCCGACGUUAUGGGUCGAUCUUCGCGAAGCAUGUGGAGGUUCUAAUUAGGAGGUUGGAGGAGUCACUUGGGGUGCAGGCUGGCGCGGUGAACGUGGCUCAGCUUACAAUUCUCUUCGGUCCGGCGGUGGGCCCACAUCCCUAUACGAACGACGAUCUCGCAGGGGACAUUGGCGCCAGCGUUCGCUACGUGAGCAGGACGGUCUGGAGCUAUUCGCUCUGGCCGGCAUUUGGGUGCUUGAUGAAAACUCGUCUGGCCACUGCCUGUCUCCGGAGGCCGAGGUAUAACGCAGCAGGCGCUGUGGGUGGAUUGACGGGGCUGAUCAAUCGAGGUGCUGCGGCGAUUAUGGGGGGUCCGGAGACGUUCGCGCGACAUUCUCGGCCCGGUAUCGUGAGAAGCUGGCUGGAGAUCUCGGCGGAUGCGGUUCACCGUUUGACUCCGGCGGAAACAGUGUCCGAGGCCCUCAUUCUGGUCUUCGCUGGCCCGGGGAGCAUGGCUGCUGCAUUGACAGCGAUUUUGUACCAAUGGGCCUCCCAGAGGGUCGAAUCUGGCAGGAGAAGCUUCGUAUCGCUCGAGCUGCAAGCCGUUAUCAAAGAGACGUUGCGCAUCCACUCGCCGUUCCCUACAGCCUUCCCUCGCGUGACCAGGUCUGGUGCUGAGAAUGCAAUCCCAAGCCUUUCCACAUAUGUUUUGAGUCGGUCUCGGGAGAUUUGGGGCGAUGAUGCCGACCAAUGGGCGCCCCAGCGAUGGAUCGGAGAGGACGGGCAUCUAAAGGGCCCUGCGGCGUCGGUUAUUUUUGCCAAGGCUCUGAAGGCGAUCGUGCAACAGUGGAGAUUCACUGCUGCGGCUGAACUGCGGGGCAGGAGCUACCUUGAGAUGCAGUAUGACGAGUGCCAUCUCCAUUACACGCAGCUGCAAAGGCCACCUAUUGCAUCAUGA